CCGGUGUUAUCAUUCACACAUAAAAUAAUAUGUAACAAUGUGGCAAAGUCCAUUCGUAGUUGUGAUAAGCUGUUAUUAAUGUUGAGGACAUAUAGCUUAACAAGCUUUUAGCCGGCCCAAGAUAGAGAAUGGCUUACUGGAAUAUAUUUUAUUUAAUUUUAACUUCUCUUGUUCUGCAUACAACUAAAUGUUCAAUGGUCAAGGUUAAUAAUGGUGGAUAUGAAGAUAUUGUUAUUGCAAUUAAUCCUGCCUUAAAGGAAGAUAGCAGAAUAAUUGACAGCAUUCAGGUAAGACUUGUGAAAUAUGAUUAGGAAAAAUAUAAUAAUUUUGGAAAUCCAGUAGAACUUUGUAAAUAUAAGAGAACAUGUUCUCUUGCCACUAUUAACUUUAUCAUUGCUUAUUGCCAAAUUGCUAGAAAAUAUAAAUUCAUAGAUAUUUGUGUGAAUAUCUGUAUGUUUGUCUAUAUGUUUGUGUGAAAUAUAAGUGCUCACAUUUUAGAAAACAUAUAAUAAAGAAAAUGAAACUUAACUAUUACAUUUUUUGUCUUAUAUGCUACAACAUGAUUUGAAAUGUAUUUAAAGAAUUAGUAGAAGCAGAGAUUUGACGCAAUAGCAUUUCAUAUCUUUCAAGGAACUGUAUUAAAAUUGCAAUUGUAAAAAGGGAUACAAUUGUUAAAAGCUAUUUUCUUUUUAAUUAGGAGCUAUAAAGAGGACUUCUAGAGGUUUUUUAAAAAAAAUUAUUGAGUAUAAAUAAAAGUUUGGGUUGCACUGAUUUUACAAAACAAUUAAGAGUGGAAUAGCAGUUUGAGGGAAAAAUCUCAGUUAGCAAUUCAAUGAAUAUUGCAACUUAUCCAUAUUGGCUAUCUAAAUAAUAAUCGUGUAAUGUUCGAAAUGUAGAUGAUUUUCUAUUACAGGUUGUAAAAUCACUGAGCAAACUGUCAGGGUUAUUUACUAAAGUGACAGUUGUUGUGAAAUCAGAACUGUCAAAUCAAAGGAAAAAUAGCUGAACUGGAAGCAUAGCUAGCUUGGAGAAACUUUCUAGUUUGGCUAUUUUGGCCUUAAAUGUAAAAUUUAUUUUGAACUCCUGGCCAUGCUCACUUUAGUGAAUAACUCUAUGUAUGAGGUGUAAUGUAACUCAAUGUACAGAGCAGGAUUCUUAUGCCUGCUUUUGCUCCUAUACUCAGUGAGAUUGUGAAUUUCUUUUAGGGUCCCAUAAUGACUAUGAAUGAUCAGAGGUUAAUGCAGCGGAGUUCUUUAGAAUGAGUUAUGGAAUCACCACCAGCUAGAGCUUAUGGUGCUUACCCACCCUAUGAUUAAAGUUAAUUUGGAAUUCCAUUAACUAGAGGGGACACAAGCUGACCCUUAAGCAAUUAUUUAUGGUGACGGGGUUAACACUUUCCCUUUUUCUGAAUCCAUUCUUUGUGCAGUAAGAUAAGAGUAUAAAGUUGAGUGGACCAUGUAGUUCCUAUUCCUUUGUCACACAGUUUACUCCCAUUUAGUGUUCAUAAGGUAAGUUUCCAGACACAGGGGGAGGUGGGGAUGUGGUUUGCUGGGCAAUUUGUAUCAUUUACAUUAAUUAAUGGAUUCCUAUCCCCAUUUAUAGACUUCUUUAUCCAAACUAUGAAAUCAGAUGGCAGAUGUAUAUCCCUUCCAAGUUUUCCUGUUUUAUACAAACUUCAUUUGCAAAGGGUGAGGAGCUAACAGAAAGAAAAAGAAGGCGUCAGACAUGUACAUUGUGACAAAUGUAAAAGACAAUGUGAUGACUUCUUCCAAACAUAUUUUUGUAUCACUUGGGGUAUUUAAUCCAUUGUCAGAGUCUGAGGAUAAACAAACAGAAUCUCUCCUAGUUAAGAGAUAAUUUCAUCAUACAUAUUUUACACAGAUUAAAUUAUAUUUGAAUCUCUGUGAUUUCCUGCUAUAGGUUUAAUAAAUUUUACAAAUCCCUGGAUUUGAUUAUUUAGACAGUUAGCAAUUGUAUGAUGGUCUCUGAACACAGCGGAUUAUGUGGUCAUAAAUUGUGUUUAACAGGGAAUGUAAGAGAUUGGUGUUCAUUCUGCUUACAGAAGUCUUUUUUGUUCAAUAACUCAGUAAAUGUAUCGCUUUCAAUUCUUUUUCUACAUUUUUUUUCUUUUAAUUUUUCUUCUAAUUUGAAAGAAUAUGGUUAAAGAGGCAACACAAUAUUUAUUUCAAGCUACCAAAAAGAGGCUCUUCAUAAGGAAUGUGAAAAUUUUAAUCCCAUCUACAUGGUCAUCAAACAAUUACACUAAACCAACAACUGAAACAUAUGAUAAGGUAAGUAGUAAUGUUUCAGUUAGUGUUGCAUUAUCUAUAAUAGAUUUACAGUGCAUGCUCUUCGCAAUGGGACAGAAACAAUAUGUUAUGUUACUAUUGUUUGUACUUGACGAAUUGUAGCUGCUGUAGCUUCACCCUGUAGUGCAUGGUGAUCCAAAUUAAGAUCAAACAGACAAAUUAAAUAGAACAUAAUGGUGAUGAAUAAGCAAUGGUAGUUCAGCUGCCGUAAACCAUUGAUCCGCACGAUUCUUACCCAACAAAACUGAUUUCUGAGCAUUAUGUCAACCAUAGUUCACAGCAGCUAUAGUAAGCCACCAGUGGUAACAUGUUCAGUUGUAUGUCUUCACUCCAUCAUAUAAAUAAUAUGUCGCUCUAAAGAUUAAUACAUAAUAGACAAUAAUAAUAGUUGUAAUGCUCUCAGGUAAAAUGAGCAGAGUGAGAAGAGUUGCUAAUGGGGAUCAAGCAAUGGUAAGGGGAUAAAUUAAUGGCAGGGUAUUAGGAAAGAACAAGAUAGUGGGUGAACAGAGACAUAAAUAAAAUGUUGAGAUUGUUAGAUGGAGAUAAUAAUAUAUAUGUAGGUCAUUCAAAAGUCUUUCAGAACAUGUAUUUGGAUUCAUAUGCUACUACUAACACACCUAUCUUUUACUUUUGUUAGGCUGAUGUUAUUGUUGCAGAUCCUUAUUUGAAAUAUGGCAAUGACCCGUACACAUUACAAUAUGGGCUGUGUGGUGAACAAGGAAGAUACAUUCAUUUGACUCCGAGUUUCUUGUUGGAUGACAAUUUGAUCUCAGUUUAUGGACCACGAGGUAACAUACAUCGUUUUCUGUUGAUUAAAAGAACACUAAUUAAUAACCAUUGUGCAAAAUACAAGAAAAGAGUAUAGUACCAUAAAAAUUAUUUAGAUUGCAAGUUUUGACAGCAGUUUGUAGGUUGUUUGGCAAUAUAAUGCAAAAGGUAUUUGUUGGUUAGAAUGUUAUUAUAAUGUGUGUUACUAUUAGUAGAAUAAUUCGUAAGAAUCUUUCAAGAGAUGAGUUGUGAGAGAAUCUGAAGACCUUGAGGAAGAUAUUACGUUGGCAUGUAGUCGGAUUUCUAUUAUUGAGGUUUAUAAAAAAGCUCUAUAGGGAAAUUUCCUUUAAAAUUAAAUCAAGCUGUAUUUUUUUGUUAGUAUAUUUUUAGCAGAGAAAAGCAGGCUCUGGUUAUAUGAUUAAUUUGAAGGCUAGUAAGAAGAAUAUAAUGAAAAAUAAUACAAAAUACAUUAAAACAAUAAAUCUAGCUAUACUGUUUGUAGAACAUUUAAAAGCUGAACACACAUUUUUGAGAUAGGGCUCUAUAAAUUGUCAUACUUAAAAAGUUAUUAUUCUCAUGCAUUCUAAAGGGUAUUAAUAGAGCAAAAGUUUAUUGGGCUCAUUCAGAGACAUGUAUUUAAUGUGCACAGCUAUCAGCUGCGAUCCAGCUAUUUUGGGGUGAUGAUGACAUUCCUAGACCUCAAUGGCCGUAGGCCUCAAUUUAUAUUGUUGGAUACACUUUUCAGAUUAUUUAAUAUCUUUGGGUAAAUGUUUAAAAUUAUAUUUUCAACAUAUUAAAAAAAAAAUAAUAAUAAUAUAUAUAUAUAUAUAUAUAUAUAUAUAUAUAUAUAUAAUAAUUAUCAAAAUAUUACCAAAUUAAACUAUUUUCAUAAUAUUAAAUAAUUUUAAAAGUUUAUCCAAAAAUAUUAAUUCAAGGUCAUAGUUGAUAAGUAUUUUUCAAAGAUAUUGGCAUCAGCAUGAUUUUAUAAGUGCUGUUUGCAAUUCUAACAUAGCCUCCAAAAAUAUUUUUCUCUUGGGAUUUUUUUUUUAGCGGACAGACAGUUCUUAUAUUAUCCAAGUAAAAAAUGCAAGAGGAACAACACAAUUUUUUUUACUUUCCUUUGCAGGAAGAGUGCUUGUACAUGAAUGGGCUCACCUUCGAUGGGGAGUAUUUGAUGAAUACAGUUAUGAUAACCCCUAUUAUAUCCAUGGAAGUUUUAAAGUAGAGGCAACAAGGUAGAUUUUAUGUUAUAUUAACAAAGUGUGGUGAGAACAUCAUUCUUAAAUUAACAGAAACAAGGAAGAAAAAAAUACAAGAAGUCUAUAGAAGGGGAAACAUGAGAGAGAGAGAUAUCUAUCAAGAAACCCCCCUGGAAAUUCUUGUACUUUAACAGCAACCCUGGGUGUUCUUCUCAUAAAGAGAAAUAAAAUGUAACUUUUAAUUCUAAUAGUUAAAAUAACUGAAAGUGAAAAGCAAAUAAAUAAAAAGUUGAGAGAAGAAAAAUGAUAGUUAGCCUGUGCUGCCCCUGUCUGUUUGGCAAACACUAGUGGCACAGAGGUAAAAGAGGUAUAGACAAAAAGACACUAGAAUUUAUAGUAUCUAUAUUUACAAUUAACUACCCCCCCAACUCCCAUCAUUCUGUGCCACCUUAGUGGCAAAAUCUAAUUCCCUUCUGCAGUAGAACAGCAGCCGAACUGUCAACACGGCUACCUAACUAAACGUAAUAAGAUCAUCAAGUAAGGUGGCUAAACCAGAGGAAAAUAAUAAAAUAUUGCAGCUGCAGCAUGGUCCCCUGUCAUCCCCCUCCACCCUCAUGUUAAUAAGCAGUCCUGAUGCGCGUUUCGCUGAGUAUCUCCCUUUAAAGAGCCGAUACUCGGCGAAACGCGCGUGGGGACUGCUUAUUCUUUCUCUUUAUGAGAAGAACACCCAGGGUUGCUGUUACAGUACAAGAAUUUCCAUGGGGCUUUCUUGUUAGAUAUCUCUCUCUCUUGUUUUCCCUUCUAUAGACUUCUUGUACUUUUUUCUUCCUUGUUUCAGUUAAUUUAUACCAAGGGGUUACCUCCCACGAAUGUUCAGGAAGCUGACACACUCUCUCUACUUUUUCUUUACUUUAAACAUCAUUCUUAAAACUCUACAAAUACAAAAAUGGCACAACAACUUGAAAUUAAAAAAAAUAGAAGGGGAUGCAUGUUAACUCCUUCUCACAGGUACUCUGUUAGGGGUAUUCAUGAAACACUUGAUUUUCUCCAGAUAAACAAAAGCUGGUAAAAAUUGUGAAUUUUGACUGGAAAGGCAUAUUUAAGAAAGCUAAUUCCAACCAAAAUCUUGACACUAUUACAUAGUUUAAACAUUGACAGUAUUUUGCAGCGCACAUUUUACCCCAUUCAGUAUGGGGCUAGUCUGACUUUAGUGAACAACACUGUAGAACACAGCAUCGGGUAUCCUGUAUGGCAUCCUGUAUGAUGUUCCCCUCCCCAAUAUGUUUACAUUUGUUCACACAGUGCAAUAAGUUAUAUAAUUGACUAUUUUGAGUGUUGCAUUUGUUCGUGAUGUGACUCUUCAUGGUUAGUUCCUUUAUAUCAGUUUACUUAUCCAACCGCUCUUAGUUGCAAUCAAUGGCUAGAUUUGCAAGCAAAUAAAUCAUUAUUCUCAGACAAUGCUAUUUUGGAGCAACUAUUAUAUAAGUACAUCUUACAAACAAACCCAUUAUAAACAUAGGAAUGUAAAAAUAGAUUGAUUUAUUUUUACAUAUUGAAUUAACACUUUACUUGUGCAACCCUUUUGGUAAUAGCCAAAGUUUAUAUUUGAAAUGACGAAUUAGUAACAUUGUUUGUUUUGUGUCAGGUGCUCACUGGAUAUAUUUGGAAUCAACAUACUCCAGCCAAACCAAUGUCAAGGAACUUCUUGUCCAACAAAAGCUUGUAAUUUUGACUCGAAGACAGGUCUAUAUGAAGAGGGUUGUGUGUUUGUGCCUGACAUAUACCAGUUUGGGCAAGAAUCUAUAAUGUAUGCACAGGCUCUAACUGAUGUAAGUUGUAUCUGUAAUGUAUGCACAGGCCUUAACAGAUGUAACUUUUGCCAGAAUUUAACAGCAUGGUCCUGUGGUGUCCCAGGUGGAAUUCCUGGUUAUCUUCUUGUUAAUACAAAUUCUUGUAAAUUUGACUCAAAUACAUGUCUAUAUGAAGAAGGUUCUGGGGUCCCUGGUGGAUUUCCUGGUGGUGUAGUGGGAUCCCUGUUGGAUUCCCUGGUGGAUUACCUGGUGGUACAACAGGGUCCCUCAUGGUCCAGUGUAGGCCCUUGUGUUCCACUGAGAUCCCAGUUGGAUUCCAUGGUGGUCAAGUGGGGUACCUGGUGAUCCAGUAGGCUCCCUAGUGGAUUUACUGUUGGUUUGUUGUGUUUCAUGUUAGUAAAGUGGGAUCCCUGGUGGUCCUGUAGGGUCUUUGGUGGGCUCCUAAUGCAGCCACAGGUCUUUUGGUCCAAAGCUUUUUGAGGACAUCAGAGUGCAGGCUGGUAAACCCAGUGCCUGUGCUCUGACUCUCUCACAGAGGGCCAUAACCUUAAGGGACUGCGUUUACACCAUGGAAGUAUUUCUAAAGAGCCGGCAAGGAUAAUUCAUUUUCUGAGCCCUGACCGUAGGCGGCUGCCUUGGAUGCCUUUUGGGUGAUCUGACUGCGCAUCCAAGACAGGCCUUCCCUUUUUUGAGAAGGUCACUGGAAGGACAGUAGGAUGCUGACCAUAUACUAUGAGGAAAGGACUAUGCCCAGGGGAAUGAUGUGUGGAGUUAUUACUGCCGCAUUGUGCCCAAGGAAACAGGACAGCCCAGAUAUCUUGAGAGUGUGAUACAAUUUAAGUAUUAUUCCAAGGAUCGAUUCGCACACUUGACAACUCCAUUAGACUGUGGAUGAGAAGUAAUUGAGACCCUCUGUCAGAUUCAAUUUCCUGGAUAAUUUCCAUGCUCCCAGAACAAAGUUAGCAGAUAUCUUGGCUAACUCAGUUGAGGAAGGCAGCGUAGGCAAAUGAAUUAAAUGGGACUAAAGCUAAAUCUAUUAGCAUGGGGUAGAUCUACAAUAAAAUCCAUUGCCAAAUAGGUCCAAGGUAGAUGUGGAAUGGGUAAAGACAAUUUAUGCCCCUAUUUAUACAUGACAAAACCUUACUAGCCUUAGUAACUGCAGAUUGACAUUGCAUAUUGCUGCCUAAUUUGUUGUCUAUAACAAUUCCCAAAUCCUUCUCGUGUGUGGUUAUCCCUAAUUCACUACCAUUUGGGGUGUAAGUUGCUUGUGCAUUCUUGACUCCAAAGUGCAUAAAUUUGCAUUUCUCUACGUUAAAUUUAAUCUGCCAUUUUAGUGCCCAGUGGUGUAAUGGUGUAAGCUAGCCUGACAAGAUGAUACCUGUGAGUGGACAUCAGGUAUGAUGCAAUUAUGCAGCGAUUAUUUUUUAAGGUGGGCAUGGCAUGUCAAUAAAAAAGGAUGCAAAAUCCAGUGUUUUGCAUCAGAAAUACUGGGAAAGUCUGAAACUGACGUGGUGCCUACUUGGGGACGUAGGGGCACCAGGUGAGUUGCAUGACGUAAGUGUAUGUAUCCUUACAACAACUUAGAAAAGCUGACUGCAGCUGACUCUUCCAUCACCAAUAACAGGCUAUCUGAUGUUUUAUUUCUCAUUCUGAUUAUUUUAGCCAAAAUUGUGCAGUUCAGUUUUCUGUUUACUACAACUUGGUGGUUAGUGAAAAACUCAAAAUUUAGUUGUGAUGUUUACACUUAGUUAAAUUCACCAGGACAACUGCAGCUUAAAGGGACACUGUCUACCAGACAGCCACUAGAGGGCUUCCGGAAUCCAAACGUACUUUUGGUCCGUUAUCUGAUGCUGGACGUCCUCACGCACUGCAUGAGGACCUCCAGAGUCAGAUUAUCCCCAUAGGAAAGCAUUGAUUCAAUGCUUUCCUUUAGGGAUGUCUAAUGCAUGUGCGGCAUUUGCUGCGCAUGCGCAUUAGAGCCCACUCGUCGCGGGACAGAUUUGAUCCCAUCAGCGCUGGGAUAAGGUAAGUAAAUAAAGGGUUUUUCACCCUCUUUUUACUGUGGAAGAGGUGCUAUGGAGUGGGCAGGCAGAGGGAUUGGUAUUGCCAGGAAUACAGCUUUGUAUUCCUGGCACAACAGUAUCCCUUUAAUGUAGUUGAUCUGGUGUCUACAGCCUGUCCAAGCAGGUUUUUUAAUGUAAACAUUACUGCCUAGGAACACCUCUAGUGGCAGUCAUUUAGACAGCCACUAUAGGUGCUUACUUUCUCAGUGGUGCACUCUGUGUGGUCUUGGAAAAAGGUAAAAAAAUGCCUUUUUAAAGUAAGGAGAGGGGGGCCCGCUACAUGAAAUAUGCUUUCAAAAUUAUAGUGUCAGCAAUACACAAUUGUAUUUCUGACACUAUAGUGUUCCUUUUAGAUGUCCGAUAAUAUCCUGCACUGAUAGGUUGUUGAAAACCACCACAGGAGGGUCUGGAUAGAAAAUAAACUCUGUACCUUUAAAAGAGUGCAGCAAUUUUAAAAAUAUAUAUAAAACCACUUUUAACUUUAAAAGUAACAAUUAUUUUUUUAGAAAAAAGUAAUUAAACCAAACAAUCCCAACAGAGGUAUGUUGACUCUUGGUAAAUAUUUUAAAUCUAUUCAUUUUUAAAAACACAGUUUUAAUUAAUACUGGUAUGAAGCCUAAACAUAAACUAUGUAUUCCAUUGAAUUGUUCCAUGCAUUCUGCAUAGCCCAUACCAUAGUUGUAUAUUUACUUUCAGGUGUCUGCAUUUUGUGAUGACAGCAAUCACAACACUGAGGCUCCAAAUCUACAUAACCGAAUGUGUGAUUCACGUAGCACAUGGAGUGUCAUCAUGGAUUCCAGUGAUAUCACCUCUACUACUCCAUCAACAACUAACAACAUUCCAAUCCCUUCCUUUACAAUGCUGCAGAACAGGGACAGAGUGGUCACUUUAGUGAUUGAUGUUUCUGGAAGUAUGAGCUUGGUGUGUAUUGAACAGACAGUACAAAUGCAAGUUUGAAGGUUAAACCCUGUUGUUUGUGAUACAGAACCCUAGAAUACUCUAAUGACUCUCAGUACCUAUAGAAGUUGGCAACAAUGAUAACAACGAAAGUCUAGACAUUUGUUUUUAUAGAACUAUAUGACAGUUAACCUCAACAAUAAAGAUGUUUGUAAGCUGCAUUUUCAAUUUAUCUAAACUGGUUGAGCACCUUAGAAAAUAUUUUAAAAAACUAACCAAGUCAGGAAUAGUGAAGCUACAAUUUUAACCUUCUAAAUAUAGAAAGUGAUCAGGAUUAUGAUAAACAGUAAUGCAAUCAAUGCCCAGCCAAUAAGGGAAACACAAAAGUAGAGCUUAAAGGGGACAUUAUAAGCACUAUAGCAAUCUUAGCUCAAUGGAGCAGUUUUGGUGCAUAAAUCAUGCCUCUGUAGUCUCAUUGCUCAAUUAUCUGCUAUUUAGAACCUAAAUCACUUUGCUUAUGCAGCCCUAGUCACACCUCUCUGCACGUGACUUGCACAGCCUUCCUGAACACUUCAUGUAAAGAGAGCUGAAGGAAACUCGUGCAAUUAAUACAAUUAAUAACUAAAAAUUAUAACUCGAAAACCGAGUGUAAAGUCAGAUUCCACACUCCUUGCUUUCGGCAAUUCAAUAAUAUUUAUUAAGAGGCUAAUCAAACAAAUAAACAAUACAUAUACAUUUGAAAUAGGCUAGUAUAUGUUGCUAACAAAACUAAUCAUUGAUUGAAUGGAAAGUAAACUAUAUUAACAUAAUGAAACAUGAAUAGACACGUGAUACAGUUACCACUCCAUUGAUCAUCAGCUGAUCACGGGGCUUUUAACAGGUUAGCCCAUGCUUCUGUGGGACACACCUCUCUCAGUCAAUCACUUAGGAUCUAACAGAACCAGAGUACCUCCUGGGGAUAGAGGGAUUGCACUGGAAGGCAUAGGAGGAGUAGUUUAACAACAAACAACCCAAUUGGUUUUGCCUGGUGAAAGGCCAUGUGCUUCACAGAGAACUCAAUACAGUUUGGCUGUUAAGCAGUCCCCCCACUUAAUACAAGAGCUCUAAUGUUUAAACUGUUUAAACUUCCUUUACUGCACAUUCUGUUUAAUUUAUGAUUUCUUAUCUCUGGCACUGUUAAUAGCCUUCUAGAACUUGUGUGUGCUUAAAGUUCAAGCAGGAUACAAACAUUUCUAAAGCAAGCUAACAUUUGAUUAACCCCUUAGCGACCGAGGACGGUUCAGGACCGUCAUCGGCAUUUUUGCCUUGAGGACUGAUGACGGUCCUGAACCGUCCUAACGGUCUUAGUUACUUACCUAAUGGCCGUCGUUCCCCCGGCGGCGAUCAGCGUGGCUCCGGUUGUGGGGAGACUGCCUGCAGCCCAGACAGUCUCCCCACACUGAAUUAGGACCCCUGUGGCCAUGUGAUCGCUUAACACAGUGAUCACAUGGUCACAAUAGGUGUCCAUGUGUCUGCCUGCAGGGGGACUGUGUGUGCUGACAGGCAGUCUCCCUGCUAGUGUAAAAUCAGAAAAAAAAAUAAAGUUAGUGUUAAUAAAAAAUAAAAAAAAUUAUAUAUGUGUAUAUAUGAUAUAUAGACAUAUAUUAUAUGUAUAUAAUAUAUGUCUAUAUAUCAUAUAUAUAUAAUGCCAUACUAAGUGUAUUUUUAUAUUAAUAUGUACUUAUAUUAAUAUAAAAAUACACUUAUAAUUAAAUUACACACGUGUAUAUAUAUAAUAUAUAUAAUAACUAUAUAUAUUGUAUAUAUUAUUAUAAAAUAUAAAUCAUAAGUAAUUUAAAUUAAAUAAAAAAUUUUUUAAAUAAUAAUAAAAAAAUUUAAAAAAAUUAUAUAGCUAUAUGAAAUUUUAUUCUAACUGUAUUUUAAAAUUAAUAUAUAUAUAUUUAUAUCAAAAUACACUUAGAAUGAAUUUGUAUAUAUAUCUAUGAAUAUAAAAAUAAAUAAAAAUAAUAAGAAAUAUACAUAUGUCCAUAUACAAAAUUACAUAAAUAAUUAUAUAAAUAUACACGUAGACUUCAAAUAUAUAAAUAUGCAUAUAUAUUUAAAUUCUACGUGCGUAUUUAUGUAAUAGUUUUACAUAAUUCAGUAAUUUUAUUGAUUGCAAUUUAAGGGACCUGCCUGCCAACCCAGGCCGAAAUUCCAGAGAAUUGAAUUUGCUAGCACUGUAUUUUACCCUGUAACGUUCUACGACACCCUAAAACCUGUACAUGGGGGGUACUGUUUUACUCGGGAGACUUCGCUGAACACAAAUAUUAGUGAUUCAAAACAGUAAAACAUAUCACAGCAAUGAUAUUGUCAGUGAAAGUGACUUUUUUGCAUUUUUCACACACAAACAGCACUUUUACUGAUGAUAUAAUUGUUGUGAUACGUUUUCCAGUUUUUAAACACUAAUAUUUGUGUUCAGCGAUGUCUCCUGAGUAAAACAGUACCCCCCAUGUACAGGUUUUAUAGCAUUUUUGAAAGUUACAAGGUCAAAUAUAUGGGUCAAAUAUUUUUACAUUGAAAAUGGCCAGGUUGGUUACGUUGCCUUUGAGAGCGUAUGGUAGCCCAGGAAUGAGAAUUGCCCCCAUGAUGGCAUACCAUUUGCAAAAGAAGACAACCCAAGGUAUUGCAAAUGGGGUAUGUCCAGUCUUUUUUAGUAACCACUUGGUCACAAACACUGGCCAAAAUUAGCGUUCAAUUUAGUUUUUUUACUUUUUUCACACACAAACAAAUAUGAAUGCUUAUUUUGGCCAGUGUUUUCGACUAAGUGGCUACUAAAAAAGACUGGACAUACCCCAUAUUGAAUACCCUGGGUUGUCUACUUUAAAAAAAAUAUGUACAUGUGGGGUGUUAUUCAGAGAUUUAUGACAGAUAAUAGUGUUACAAUGUCACUAUUGAUAAAUUUUAAAAAUUUAUGUUUUGAAACCGCAAUAUUCUACUUGUACCUAUAGCCCUAUAACAUGCAAAAAAAAGCAAAAAAGCAUGUAAACACGGGGUAUUUUUAAACUCAGGACAAAAUUUUGAAUCUAUUUAGCAGUUUUUUUAAUUCGCUUUUGUAGAUGAGUAAAAGAUUUUUCAAGUAAAAGUCAAAAAACAUGUAUUUUUUUCAAUUUUUCAUCAUAUUUUUUUAUUUUUUUUAAAUUAAAAUACAUGAGAUUAUAUAAAUAAUGGUAUGUAAAGAAAGCCCCUUUUGUCCUGAAAAAAACAAUAUAUAAUUUGUAUGGGAACAGUAAAUGAGAGAGCGGAAAAUUCCAGCCAAACACAAACACCACAAAAGUGUAAAAAUAUGCCUGGUCGCAAUGUACAACAUCGCAAAAACAGUCCAGUCCUUAAGGUGUUAAAAAUUAAACCAUAUUUUUCACGCAUGGUGUGUGAGUCACAACCAAGGGAGGUGUGCCUAUGGCUGCAUAAAUAGAAAAAUGAUAUUUAAUUCAUAAAUGACAGAGAAUUGAGCAGUGAAACUGAAGAGGCAUGAUCUAUGCACCAAAACUGCUUCAUUAAGCUAAAGUUGUUUUGAUACCUGUAGUGUCCCUCUAAGAUACAGUAGCUGAUGCAGCCUUAUAUUCCAUUUAUAAAGCCUGCCUUGAAAGACUGUUGAAAACAUUCUUGAUUCAGUCAAAAUCUUACAAGCUCAACAGUGCAGCCCUUUACUUAUACAGCAUCCUACUCUCCUGUGUGUUUAGUAGUGCACAUAUCAAACAAAUGGUUGCUUAGUCUGUCAUAUAAAACAUAUGGUUGCUUAGUCUGUCAUAUGGAUGACUGUAGUACUACUGAGCAAAUUAAAGUACACAUUGAUACUAGUUUUUAGGUGAAUAGAGCAGCUAUCUUCCUACUUUUGUUCAUUAUUACUCUUCAAGAAACAUAGACACAGGAAAAUAAGUAGUAUGAUUGGAUUUUUUUUAUUGCGUUUUUCACCAAUUGCAAAUGUGGAAAUAUGUUUUGGCCUCCCUUGUCAUGUCUAUGACUGCUGAUAAUGUCACAGGCUGCCUGCAAAUCAGUGUUAAAGUGCCAUUCAAAUAUUAAUAAAAAAUGUCAGACCAGCCCCAACAAUGAAAAACCCCAUAGUAUCCCCAAUGGCGAUUCCCCCUCUGUUUUGCACCCCUGAAAUGGCCAGGUGCUUGGUAAUUCUCUUAUUGAAGUUUUGUGUGAAAGUUUCCACAUGAAAAAUAUAAAUAAUUAUACAGAGUGCAUAUUCAGAAAAAAAAUAUUGCAAGUUAAAAUUAGAAACUUGUAUUUAUUUAAUAUAUUGCAGCAUCUAUCCAUAACUGCUGCUAUAUGCUAAAACAGAGGAAACUUUGAAAUGGUAAAUCGAUAUUGCACAACAUCCGCCAAACAAAGCUAGAGCCUAGAUAACUGAUAUGUGUUGAAAUAUUCAGUAACAUCACUUUGAGAGGCCUCCCAACAGCCCCAAUUUCAGUAGGACAUUACUUAUUUUAGGAUCCUGUCUUGCUGUCCGAUUGUGUGCCUUAGUGUCCUGCUUCCAGGGAACUUUCUCUCUAGUGCUCUGUCAAGGGCACUAGGGCAAUGCAGAGAGUGUUUUAGAAUGCUCUUUGCAUGGUCUUCUCUGUUGGGGGUCAGCCAGAGAGACAGUCAGGGUAGGCAUUCACAUUCACUGUCGAUCCCCCUCUCAGUUCUCAUCUACCUGUCCUGAUGACAUACCUUUCAAUGUUAGGAGGUAUACUUUGAGCAUUAGGGAUUAUUGAUAGCUUUGCCAAUUAUCAUUGAUUUUUAUUAAAAUAAUCAUUGUAUUACAUUUCUCCAUUCUGUCUAUUACAGAAUGAUAGGAUUGGGAGACUUCGUCAAGCAGCAGAUGUCUUUCUGAUUCAAAUUAUUGAAACCAACACAUAUGUUGGGAUUGUGCAAUUCUGUAACAUUGCAUCAGUCAUUUCACCACUAAAGAAUCUCACCAAGAAUCAGAAAGAAGUUUUUAAAGCUAUGAUUCCAUCUUCAACAAUGAAUGAAAGAACUGACAUUUGUGCAGGAAUUCGUUUGGGUAUUGAGGUAUGCCAUUGUUCUCCCUAAAACAUUUUAUGAGUCAAGGGUCAUUAAUGUAUCACUAAUUUUUCAUCCAUGUUCCCUUUCACCAUCUCAUCUCAUAUUCAGGUAAAUAAAGGACAGGACGGAACAUCAUAUGGUACUGAACUUGUGCUAUUAACAGACGGAGAGGAUAAUAAUGACACCAGGCUUUGCUUCUCAGACAUAAAAAAUAGUGGAGUAAUUAUUCAUGUCAUAGCAGUUGGGCCAAAUGCGGAAAAAGAACUUGAAGAAAUAUCAACAAUGACAGGUGUGUGUUUCUGUUAAUAGUAAUUACUUUACUUAAUUUAAAGGGGAACUUUCCAUUUCUUUGGAAAUUAAGCUAUUGAAUAAAACAUUGGAAAUCACAUCUAACUUGUAUAAAUCUGAUUAUGGGUUUUUGUUGUUGUUUUUUUAAUGUAUAUUAAGAUUUAGCAGCUGACAUCACAAACCAGUUCGAUCCUGGCAGCACACGCAAGCAUUGCAUUGGAUGAGGAGAAAAGUUCCUGUUUCUCCAUUUACUAUGUUUACUAACAGAAAAGGGUAGAGUAGACAGACAGGGGGCCAAGAUCAUACCUCCCAACAUUGAGAGGUAUGGUAUUGGGAUUGCUAGUGACACAGCUUGCAUCACUGGUGAUGUCCACAAUGGUCCAAACAUCACCAGAAAAGAAAAUAGACCUUCUCAUAGUGUCAACUUCAGUCUAGCCUGUCCAGCCAGCCCCCUAAGUAGAAGACCAUGCAGAGAGCACUGCUGAAGCGCUCUCUGCAUAGUCCCACUGCCCGUAUGAUUGUGCAAGUGCAUCUAACAAUGCGUUCACACUGUGCUGCCCAAGAAUACCUGUAAAAUCAGGACACUAAAAUAGGGACAGUUGGGAGGCCUGCAAGGUAGAUGAAAUUAAACUGUUCUAUUCACAUUUUAAUGUUUAGUUAGCCAUUUUUUUAUAAUUUUGCCUGUCGUUAUUCUAUUAGAAUUUGAAAUAGUUAGCAUUUAACCAUGGGCGUCCGCAGGAAUUUUUCCAGGGGGGGGCAUAAUUGUAAUGACAUCCAUGCUUGGUACCUUUUUGACAGUGUCAUGAAAAGGAAGGGGCAUAGCCAUUAUCACAUAAAGCCAGGGUGAAUAGCGUUUUCACAACUAUGGUGUCAGGAAUAUAUGUUUGUAUUCCUGACACUAUAGUGUUCCCUUAAGCAAAUUAAAGGACAUUUCUGGUCACCAUAACAACUUCACCUAAAUGAAAAUGCUAUGAUGCCAGGAAGCCCCUGGGUGCUCGCUUUCCUUUAAGGGGUUAAAUCGCUCUCAAAUGGUUUAACCCCAAAGGCUUCCUCCAGCUCCAGGUCGCUCAGUGGUAUUUGGCUUCUGAAACAGAGUGUCAGGAAGUGCAGAUUGGCGUCAGGCAUGGGUGCCGCUGAUUGGCUAGAGUGGUCAGUUGACGCUCUAAGCCAAUCGCUAGUUCCCGGUUCAUAAAAUAUUUUUACUUUUUUAUGAAUGGGGAGCUACUGAUUGGCUUAGAGUGCCAGCUGACCGCUCUAGCCAAUCAGCAACACCCCUACCCAACGGCACUCUGUGCUUCCUGACACUCAGUAAAUAAAAGUGAACACAUUAACACCAAUAUUUUUUUACCUUUGGAGAUGAGAAGGUCCAGCGUUUCCCUGCCUGGCCCAGGUACCAAAGCCUUAUGAUGUGGUGUCCAGAAUAAAGUGGAGGUUCACUUCAUUUGUCCUUCCUGCUCCAAUCUCAUUUUCCUCUCCUUCAUUUGACAGUCUUUUUUUUUCUUCUGACACUGUUUUCUAUCCUUGGCCCCUUCUGCUCUUUUACCUUUCUUCUACUUUCUGCUUAUUUUGCGCCCUUCUGCUCCUUUCUCAUUCUGAUCCCUUUCUGCUCCUUGCAGACCCUUUCUGCUCUUUCUCCUACUUUACCUUUGUGCUCCUUCUGAUUCUUUCUGCUCCUUCACCUUUGUGCUCAUUGCUGUCCCUUUCUGCUCCUUCCUGCUCCUUGCAGGCCCUUCCUGCUCAUUCUCCUACUUUAUGUUUGUGCUCCUUCUGCCCCUUCCAGCUCAUUUCUGACCCUUUCUGCUCCAUCUACUUUACCUUUGUGCUGCUUUGACCCUUCCUGUUCAUUUCUAUAUAUCUAUAGGCUGCUGCCCCCCUCCCCAAAUCUAUGGGCUGCUGCCCCCCCAAAUCUAUGGGCUGCCUUUACCUCCCCAAUCUGGGCUUAACACUAUCCCCAAAUGUAGAUAUGCCUCACCAAAUCCACAAAGGCUGCUUGCCCCCAAUCUAUGGGCUGCUGCCCAAAUCUAUAGUACUUAUCCCCAAAUCUAGCAGGCUGCUGCAUACAUGGGCUGCAAAAUGCCAGAGCUACUGCAAAUAUAUGGAAACAAUUGCACCCCAAAAUAUAUAGGCUGCUGCCCCGUCUAUAGGCUGCUGCCCCAAAUCUAGCAGGCUGCACCUUUAAAAUCCUAUAGGCUGCUGCCCUAAAUCUAUGAACACUUAUUUUAAAACUAAAGCUGCACCCCAAUCAGCAGACACUAAAUCUAGCAGGCUGCUGCCCUAAAUCUAUGAACUUGCCCCUUUGAGCUAAAAGGCUGAUCUGUAGACUUACUUUAAAAUCUAUUUACUGCUGCCCCAAACUAUUUGCUGCUGCCCCAAAAUCUAUUUUGCUUACUUGCCCCCCGUCUGGCCCUUGCCCAAAUCGCAGGCUGCACCUUUAGGCUAUAGGCUGCUGCCCCCUCUCAAACCCCCCACCCCAUCCCCCACUUAUCUGAUCUGUAGGCUGUCUCUGGCUGCAUGUUUCAAUGCGGUUUCAAUCAGCAGAGAGAAGCAGGGAUAAGAUGCAGCUUCCUAUCCCUGUCUCUCUCCAUACACAGCGCCACCUACUGGCCGGUGCCGGUAUUGCAGUUCAUUUUAAAUCUCACACGAAAAAUAAGAACAAGCUGAAAAAUCCAGGGGGGGGCAAGUGCCCCCCCUUACCCCUCCGGCGGACGCCCAUGCAUUUAACUGUGAUAAUAUAUUGUAUGUUAUUUUUUAUUUGUAGGAUUUAUGUGGUUAAAUAAAAUAAAAAAAUCCCAUUGGAAUCAAUCAAUGGUUUCUUCUAGGUUUAGAGAAUGCUUUUGCAGCUCACGCUCAUUAACCUACUAAACUCUUUACAUGUAACCAGUGGCUGCAAUUAUCCUUUGAAUUCUCCCUGACCAUCAUAUCCAAAUCAUCCCUGCUACCUCUUUUCCCCAUUUCAAUCUUUAGAUUGUAAAUUCACAGAUUAUCUAGCAAAGUACUCUGUAUAAAAGAGCUUAAGUGGCUAGAUCCCAGUUCACAGACAGGGUCCUCUUUACCUUUUGUAUUGGUCUGUUUAUGUUGUACUGUCUUUAUACCCAAUUGUAGAGCACUGCAGAAUAUGUUGGCACUUGAUAAAUGGCAGUAAUAAUAAUAAUAAUAAUAAUAAUAAUAAUAAUAAUAUGCACACAAUAUGCAUAUAUGUGUUUCAUUAGUGCUUUCCUGCUUUAGUCAAUAGAAACUAAUCAGUGAGAAAUUUGAGCCUGGAUCAUUUUGUCAGGGUUCUUCAAUAAAACCUAUAGUCUUAGUUUAAAAUUUUAAAAUUUCUUAGAGUGCUCUGAUAAAUCCUGACCAUCUUCAAUCUAAAAUAUGUUUUUUGGACAGCUCAACUGGUAGAUUCAGAUUGCUCAUUCAUUUAAGAAGUGACAUUCUCCUAUUGUGUUGUGGUACCACACAAUUUGGUAGAGCAUUGUGCUUCCAACAGGUUUUUUUUUUAAUUGAACAAAGUCAGUCUUCACCAAGACCACAGUGAUGCAGCUUCCUGGCAGUUUUACUUACACAUCCUAAAAAUUUAAAAAAGCAAUGUGCUGCUGUCAAUAAAUAGAAUUAACAUGCUAAAUUCCAUAGUAUCAAAAAGUUAUUUUAAUAUGUAAUUUUUUACAACAAAUUAUCCAGAACUAUUGUCUUUUAGGAGGAUUGCAAUUUCUAGCAUCAGACAUGGUGGAUGCUAACGGACUGAUUGAUGCUUUUAGUGGGAUUUCAGCAGCAGAUGGCGACGUUUUUAAGAAGUCUAUACAGGUGACAUUUUUACUAUUAUGGCCUCUCUUUAAUAUUUAUAUUUAUAAAUAUCUAUUUAACAUUAAAAAAGACAGAUACCUGUUUGAUGCCUGAAUAGAACCACCAUUACACCACAUUGCCAUGUGCUGAGUUAUCUGUCUUUUUGAUAUUGGAAUUUGGUCUGCUGAACAAGGUCCUUCCUUAUUGCACAGCCACCAAAAAUUUGGACUUUGACUGUAUAUUUACACACCUAUUUUUUUUUUUAACUCAACUUAAUAUAGUUCAAUAAGCUUUUUAAAAUAAUUUAAUAUUUUUGGAUACAUUUUUAAAAUUAUUUAAUAUUAUGAAAAAUAAGGUCCUUCCUUAUUGCACAGCCACCAAAAAUUUGGACUUUGACUGUAUAUUUACACACCUAUUUUUUUUUUUAACUCAACUUAAUAUAGUUCAAUAAGCUUUUUAAAAUAAUUUAAUAUUUUUGGAUACAUUUUUAAAAUUAUUUAAUAUUAUGAAAAAUAUAAAUCAUAAAUGAUAAAUUUUAUUAAUAUUUUGAUAUGUUAUGACAUAUAUUCUUUAAAAACAAUAUAUAUAUAUAUAUAUAUAUAUAUAGAGAGAGAGAGAGAGAGAGAGAGAGAGAGAGAGAGAGAGAUGUAAAAAACAGAUAAAAUUCAUAUCUUGUAAUACCUUUUUUAUUUUAUUAAAACAUUCUGUUAGUCCAAUAAAAAAGGUAUUGAAAAAUAUUCAAAUAAAAAAAACAUACCUUUCAAUACCUGUAUAAAAAAAGAUAAAUUCAGCUUCAUGGAGACCCAUCACUUACCAGCUAGAAGAUCCAACAAACAGCAGCUAAUUAAUCUGGAUUAUGAUGUUUGAUCUCAUCCCAUAAAUUCUGUGCAGAAGCAAUUACUCUCAUCAUAUAAAAUUAUUGGAACUAAACUACAAAGUAAUAGCAGAAACACGAAGGAUGCUAUCAGGUUGUACACAAUGUACAGCUUAGUGAACAGUUUGUAUAGAGUUUUUUCAGGGCUACUUCAUGGUGCACAUGUGUAUGCCCAUGAUUUGGUUCUGUCUUGCUUGCACAAGUCAGCCAAAAAGUGAGAAUUUGUAUUGAGGGCUUAUAGCUAAAGAGAUUUUCCAAUGCAGUACUAGAUCUACACUAACCUACCAUCUGUGUAUCUCUUAACACAGCAUGUGUUACAAAAUAUUUCUAAUCUUUAUUAAUAGAACUAAUAAACACAAAAAUGUAAUUAUGUAAAUUUCAUAAAUAUAUGAUUUCACUAUCAUUGAACAGAAUUCUACAACAAAAUAUUGUUUUCUCCUAGGUUUAUGUGCAUAUGUAUUCCUACUAGUUUUGCAUUUUUAGUUCAUAAAAGUCACUUACUAGCAAACGAGUUAAAAAUAAAUAAAUACAAUUCCCAAGUGGGAACUCACAGAAAAUCACAAGGAAAUGAAGGGGUCCAGUGUAUCUACAAAUGAAACAAACACAAAAAUGUAAUUGUGAAAAUUCUAUUAAAUUUAAUAGUUUAUUAUCCUUGAACAGCACUAUGUAUUGCUUUGAGUACACUACAAAAGUGUGUUCCAGGUCAUACAGUGCAUAACUUUAUGGCCAAAUCCUUUAAAUUAAUAUAUACCAUAGUAAUAAUAACCCGAAUUGUGCGUGUGUUUUCUCUUGAAUUAAUAAGUGCAAAAUUUCUAGAAGUUAUGUGGUUAAUGAUAACUUAGUGUAAAAUGAAAUAUAAACAGUUGUUCUGAUGUGUAAUUUAAAUAAUAAUAAUAAUAAUAAUAAUAAGAUAGAUAGAUAGACAGAUGACCAGUGAAACCAAAAGCACAUUGCAAAUAUUACAUGACAUAAAAAUGUUAAAAUGUUAUUCCUAGUAUAGAACAUACAUUAUGUCUGUUCUAGGCCUUUAACAUUUUUGAAUAAGCAUUUCAAAUUAUAUAAUACUUUUGGCUAAACAUUUGAAAUAAUUUGAUGAAAAAUAUUUAAAUGUUGAAAUUUUUUAUAUAUUUUUGUUAUAUUGAAAUACUUAUUUAUAUGACAUAUUCUUUGAUAUAUUAAUAUUGUGAAAAAAUAUAUUUUAAAAGUUUAUCCAAAGUAAUGAGCCUACAUAAUUUAUUAAAUAAAAUAACGUUAUUUAUACAAUCAAGAAUACAUUUAAAAUGAUACAUUUGAAAUGUAAAAUUUCAUUAAAAAAUGUCUUGUUUUUUUCUACAGCUAGAAAGCAGUGCUUUCAAAAUUCAACCUAAUGAGUGUUUGAGUGGAACAGUUUACAUCGAUCUCACAGUAGGAAAUGACACAUUUUUCCUUGUUACUUGGCAAGAUUCAGUGCCAUCUAUCCAUUUACAAGAUCCCAUGAGAAAAAUAUAUACUACUGAGCAGUUUUCCAGUGAUGUAACAUCCAAAUUGUCUAGACUUGAAAUCCCAGGAACAGCAGAGGUAGGCUAUAGUAUAAUGGUAUGUGCAUUUUCUCUUUGAAAUGCAAGUAAAUUGUAAAACAAAUGGAUACAAAUGAGUUAAGAAGAGUUGAGCCUCAGUAUGUGUUACAAUAUGGAGAUACGUUUUGAAAUGUUAUAAUCUUUUUUUUUUUUUUUUUCUAGAGGGGACCUUGGCUUUAUAGGAUUUGCAAUAAUAAUACAUUAAACCAAGUUCUAGGUAUCAUAGUAAAUUCCAAGGCUGCUGAUUUCUCUAUCCCUCCAAUUAUUGUCAAUGCCCACAUGAACAAGGAGACAAAUUCUUAUCCUAAUCCAAUGGUUGUUUAUGCAUUAGUAAAGCAGGGGCUAAUGCCAGUGACAGGAGUUAACGUAACAGCAAUUAUUGAAUCAGAUAAUGGAAAUGUGGAGAUUCUGGAGCUUCUGGACAAUGGAGCAGGUAAAUAAAAGUGCACAACGUCUAAUCAACAGCAACAAUUAUGAUACUUGCUUUGUUAAGUGGUAAGCGUUAUUCUGUAUAUAUAUAUAUAUUGCCCAUUAUUCUGUAAUGUAUUAUAUAUUACAAGAGCCAUAGAAAAACUAGGAAAUUAUUAGAAAUACUAUAAAUAAAAUUGACAUAUUACAUAUCAUAUAUAAUUUCAUAAUUUUUAGAUGGUCAUUUAUUUUUACUUUUUUAUUAAAUGGACCCUUAGGGCUUGAGUUGAUCUUUUUAAAAAAACAUUAUAUAAAUAAUGCAGUGAAAUAUGCACAUACCUAUAUAUUAAAAAUAAUAAAAAUGUAAAUUCUCACAUUUGAAAAUUUAAAUUCUUAGCUUGUGUCUGGCCCUACUAAACCAGAAUAUGCCUUACUCAACCGUUAUACUCAACUUGCUAAAUACUCCUGAGCCUAGCACAGCUAAUUACUAAAUAGGAGCUUAAAGUGUUUGUAGCAGUAACAGCUGUACUAUAACUCUCAAGUCAUGAUGUACAUACAUACAUAUGUUUGGAGCAAAGAUGAAAACAAAUAUUUUGCUUGGAGAAAGGGACAGAAAAAAAAGAAAUUGUGCAGCAACAUUGCUUAUUAUUAAGUACUGUACAAAUGAAUAUUAAUAAAAAUGCAGCAUAACUAAAUCUCUACAUAUUUCACUUAACAUAUGCAUACUUGCAGUGCCUCGUUAAUUCCUUUCCUCCCAACAUGGGCUCGUUACCAUAUUUGUUGCUAAGAAGCAGCUGUUAAGCAUUAUGAGUGCUUACACAGUAGAGGGUUACUGCCAGCAGAGCACUGUUUCAGGCAGUGUAGGGAUCUACCCAGAACAGGUGGUAGGGAAUGGCAAUUAGGUCCUCCCCCCAAUUUUUAUUUAUGGCCCCCACCCACCGCUCAGGGGUGGGAACUGGAGGGGAGGACAAUAGGUCCCCCCCCCCAAAUUCUUAUUUAUGGCCCCCACCCACCACUCAGGGGUGGGGGCCGGGGGGGGGGGCAAUCGGUCCCCUCUUUAGUUUAAAAGCCCCCACUCGCGCGUUGAGGGUGGGGGCUCAGGAGGGGGGAAUUUUUUUUUAACAGGCUGCUCACUGUUUAAUAGACAUCCCCCUACUAGCUGGGUCACAUACUGCACUGGCCAAUCACAGCCAUGCCAUUAGUAGGCAUGGCUGUGAUGGCUUCUAAGGGCACACAAGUCAAACGCUUGUUGAUUGGCUGCCCUGUGGCCUUUGAAAACGCGCCAUUAAAUCGCCGAACACCGAACUCCAACCCGAACAUACAGUGAUAUGUCCGUGUUCGGGUCCGGGGUCCAAAAAACAUAAUGUUUGGUAUGAACCCGAACUUUUCAGUUCGUCUUUGCUCAACUCUAUUCAGCAGUCAUAGUACAGAAGGAACAUGUCAUGGACUGAUAAUGACAUAAAGUUAUUUAAAGUUAGGUUGCAUUAAAUUAAAACGGAUUCUUUCUCUUUUUCAUUAUACUUUUAUUAUUUAAGAUUUUCUUUUCCCUGUAAGCCCACCCUUUCCGCCUCUACCCUUCAAUCGGCAGUAUAUUCAUCUUUGAUAUUCAUAUUUUCCUAAAAUUGUUAAUUUCUUUUUUUUACUGAUUAUCUUCAGGUGCUGAUGUUGCAAAGAAUGACGGCAUUUACACAAGGUAUUUUAUUGCGUUCAGUACAAAUGGAAGGUAUAGUUUGAAGGUACAGGUGAGGGGUGAAGACACUAAAAGCAGAUUGGCACUUCCAAAGAAUCAAGCUUUCUAUAUGCCUGGCUAUGCUGAAAGAGGUAAGAAGAGCGGAUUUUGAAUUUUUCCAAUAAAGUUACAGUGAGAGUAAAGGGUUUUGAAAUGGGCAUGCUAAAAGUACGUGUAGGAUUUCGGAAUAGAUGCUGCACAUGCUCAGAUGUUAGAUAGCUGCAGAGGUACAACUGCACCUCUGGCAACUUUCAUUAGCUGGAUGGCCUGCUAAUGUUAAUUAUGUGCAUAUUGUAUGUGCAGGCACUAAUUCAUUUGUUAAAAACACUCAGCUGACACUCUCAGACAAUGAAUGAAUGGCAGUAUUAACGGUUUGCUACCUUACUUGAGAAUAGCAACAGGAUACUCCUGGCAUCAUAACCUCAGCAGUGGGCUUCAGUGGUUAUGAUGCCUGUGGUAACAGUUUAAUAAUUGCAUUUCAGAAUGUUUUUAACCUUUGUUUUUAAGUUUUUAUGUCCUAACAAAAACGUAUACAUCCACUGAAUACUCUGAACUUUUUACACUAUGAAGUACUAUCUAUCUUUUAAGUGUGCAUAUGUGUUAGUAAGUGUUUGAGCAAUUCCAAUAAAUAAUUAUAUGAUUGGUGAAAUGUCUAUAAUUGAAAAAUUAUACAAAGCUGAACACAAGCCCUUAUAGAGUGCAAACCAUGUAGUGAAUAUAAAUUAAGAUUUCAAAUUUAAAAGAAUAACAUUUUCUUUAUGUAGAUGCAACUACCCAGAAGAUCUCCUUUUGUCUUCUGAAUGCAAUAUAUAUGGUAUAUAUGGGUAGUUCUACUAAGGAAAAAAGAAAUACAACAUAGUGCUGUAUUGUACACAAUAGCCACUCAGUGCACAGGUUUUAAUUGGCUACUCACUAUUAUAUACAAAAAUAGUCCAAUAUGCAAUCACAAGAAAAGGAGAAAGAAGCAUAAGGAAGAAGCUCCACCAUAAGAACAAGACGGGAACAAGGAAGAAACCCCACCAUCAAGAACACGAUGGGGACAAGGAAGAAGUCCCACCAUCCGAAUCCGCAAUGGAAUGCACACGUGUCAGGAUCCCAUCCUGACAACCAAACUUACGUUUCAUUUUCUACAAUUCCAGUUUUCCACCACUAGUGGCCUUCCUAGCCACUAGUCUAACCUCAGUUACUCUCACCUGCAUAGCAUGAUCAUUUAGAUUGCUAUAAGAGGCCACACACUGCUAACCAAAUGGCCUUUACAUUGAUUGAAGUCUAUUUUCUGAUCCUGACAAGACUUCUUAUCCAGACUCAUACUGAGAAAACCUGCACUACUCUGAAUACCAUUGAACCAAUCGGAUUUAUACUACCUACCUGCUUUAUUUACAACCUGCUUGCUAUCAAUACACUUGGGGGGAAAACAUGAUAUUUAAUACCAACCUGCUUUAUUCGAUACUGGACUUUGAUUCCUUAUUGCUUUGGUUCUAACCUACUGUACACCUACCGGAAACUACACAACCUACCUAGAUAAUACAAACAUUUCUAUUAUUUGCAACUAUCCUGAAAGAUCCUGUUAUAACUAUCUCAAACUGCAGUUAUGCCUCCAAACCAAAGAGGCUGAUCACCUUAAUGCCUAAACUAACCUGUAUUACUUAAUCCUUUAUAUUUCUGUUUAGUUUUGUUUUUGUCUACCUGGAACCUAAAGUUUCACUUAUAGGUUUUCCUUAUCUUGAUUCACCUAUAAUCUCACUUAUAGGUUUUCCUGCUACCUUAAACCUGUUUGGGGCAUAUUGCCUAACUCUUGUUUUCUAUUAUCUCUCUCCUUAUACUUACCUAUAAUUUCACUUAUAGGUUCUCCUUCUUACUAUUGCCUAUAAUUUCAUUUAUAGGUUUUCAUUCCAUUUUCUGCCUAUAAUCUCACUUCUAGGUUUUCCUGCUACUCUGUAAUCUGUCUGGGGUUUAUUGUCUAAAGUCUUUAUUUUAUACCCUCCAAUAUACUUACCUGUAAUUUCGCUUAUAGGUUCUACUUUCUCCCUUUUGUCUUUAUUAUUUUCACUUCCCUUUAACCCCUUAAGGACACAUGACAUGUGUGACAUGUCAUGAUUCCCUUUUACUCCAGAAGUUUGGUCCUUAAGGGGUUAAGUCCUGCAACUCUUAUUUCAAGACUAACCAUGUAAAAGCUUUCUAAUAAAGAACCUAGAGUUAACCCCGGUAUAAGUCUCUUAUCAGAACGCACAACAUCACAUACGUAAGUUUUACACUUUGCACUUUAUUCCUUUCUGUCCUGAAGUGAAGUCAGGACCUAGGAUUUUAGCUUCCUGACAAAUAAUUUUUUUAUCAAGGAUUCAUUAUAACUGGAUAAUAGUGAGUGGUCAGUUGAAACUUGCACACUGAGUGGCUGUUGUGCACAAUAUUGCACUAUGUUGUAUUUCUUUUUCCUUAGAACUACCCAUAUAUACCAUAUGAUUUAAAAAUGUAGGGAUUGUCUACUAAAGUCAGAAUUGUAGCAAAUUGAAAUUGGUGAAAAAGUAACCAAUAGAUGGAAAAAUAGGAGGAGCAGUAACAAAUCUAUAUUUAUGUUUAUUAAAGAAGCACAAUAGGGUCAGGAACACAAACAUGUAUUCCUGAUCCUAUAGUGUUAAAACCACAAUAUAGCCCUCCCUGGCUCCCUUUGCCUCCCUAAAUAUAGUGAAAUCUUAAUUGUAUUCAAGUCUGAAGCUGCUGCCUCUGCCUGUGAACUGCCUUUGUUUGCCAACAUCAUCAGAAGUGGUGGUCUGAGCCAAUUAUGUUGUUUUCACAUAGGAUUGGCUUAGACUGUCAUGGAUGCAGAUCCGGGACAGAGCCAGCACAAGUCAAACACAGCCCUGGCCAAUCAGCAUCUCCUCAUCGAGAUGAAUUGAAUCAAUGCAUCUCUAUGAAGAAGGUUCAGUGUCUGCAUGCAGAGGGUGGAAAGACUGAAUGGCAGUGCUGCUUACUCUGCAGCACUGCCCAAAGAGUGGCCAGUGGAGUUAUCACUAGGCUGUAAUGUAAACACUUCAUUUUCUCUGAAAAGACCGUGUUUACAGCAAAAAGCCUGAAGGGAAUGAUUCUACUCACCAGAACAAAUUCAAAAAGCUGUAGUUGUUCUGGUGACUAUAGUGUCCAUUUAAAUGUAUAUUCUAGAAAUAGAACUUCUUUUUAUUGCUCCUUUUUUAAUAUCGGUCACUUCUCAUUUGAUCUGUAAAUAAUAUCAACUUUUAGUGACUGUCCCCUAGCUAACACUAUAUUUUUUUUACCAUCAAUGAUAAUUAAAAAAAAAAAUAAAAAAAAAAUUGGGCACCAUGGCUGGAACUCUGAAUUUCUAAUCAAACAAACACCCACAGCCAUCAUGCUAGUAAUUCACUUGGUUAUAUGUCUGUAUGAUAUUUUAGAGCAGGGGUCCUCAAACUCCGGCCCCCCAGAUGUUGCUGAACUACAACUCCCAUGAUUCUCUGGUUAUCUAUAAAAGUCAAAGAAUCAUGGGAGUUGUAGUUCAGCAACAUCUGGGGGGCCGGAGUUUGAGGACCCCUGCUUUAGAGAAUAGCCAAACAGCUGAUCAGUCCAAAUUCAUGCGAAUUGCAAUUCGUCUGAAUUUGAAUGUACAAGUCUAGUAGCAGUGGUUUAUUUGUGCAUUUUAUGCAAACAUCCCAUAAAUUCCAUCUUAAUUAGAGAUUAUGAUAUGAGCAGAAUUCUCAUAGAAAAAUCUGGCAGCAAAGGGAUUAACUUAAAGUGCUUAACAAUUUCAAGGAUUUGUUUCAAAUUAUGGAAUGCUAUUUGGGUUUCAACUGGACAUGUAUAUUCAUUGAAUUCGUUUUUAAACUAAACUAUUAGUUUAAUAAUGAAUGGAUUUGAACUGAAACCCCCUCACAAUGCUUUUAAACAAAUUGAUUAGUUCAGGAAACCUUUUGACCCACGCCGGUGAUCGCGGUACGGGGACUCACCUGGGAGCCCCUGCUUCCUCUUCGGCCCCCCUGGGCCAUGUGAUCACGAGGUCUUCAAGAGGACCUCACGAUCACAUUGACGGCAAAGCCGUCCAAGGCUUUGCCAGCAGGGGGAGUGCCUGUAAUGACAAGGUACUCCCCCUGCUGUCUGAAAUUAAAAUAAAAUGUUAAAACAGUGUAAAAUAACAUUAUAUAUACUUAGAUCAUAUAUAUAUUUAUUAUAUAUACGAUCUUAGUAUAUAUAUAUAUACACACACACAUAUACACAUAAACACACAUACACUAUCUACGUGUAUUUUAAUAUUAAUAUAUACAUAAUUAUAUAUAUAUUAAUAUCAAAAUACACGUACAAUGAUAUUGAUUAAAUAUAUAUAUAUAUAAUUUUCAUUAUAUAUAAUAUAAAAUAAAUAAAUCUGUAAAUACGUUAAAAAAAUUAAAUGAAAAAAAUAAUAAAAAAUAAAUUAAUAAAAUAUAUAUAUAUAUAUAUAUAUAUAUGUGUAAAUUCCUGCUAACUGUAUUUUAAAAUUAAUAUAUAUAUUGAUAUCAAACUACAUGUAGAACAAAAUAAUAUAUAUAAGUAUAUACGUAUAUAUCACUAUAUAUAUAUAUAUAUAUAUAUAUAUAUAUACCUAUAUAUAAAUAAAAUAAAAAUAAAAAUAUAUAUAUAUAUAUAUAUAAAUUUAAUUUUUUUUAAAUUAUAUACAUAUAUAUAUAUAUAUAUAUAUAUAUAUACAUAUAUUUAUAUACACACAUAUAUAUAUAUAAUAAUUCUACGUAUAUAUUUAUGUAAUAAUUUUACAUAAUUAGGUAAUUUUAUUAAUUACAAUUAGCAGGACAAGCCUGACAACCCAGACCAAAAGUCCAGGGAAUUUAAUUUGCUAGCACUAUAUUUAACCCUGUAACUUUACAAGACACCAUAAAACCUGUACAUGGGGGGUACUGUUUUACUCAGAAGACUUCACUGAAUAUUAGUGUUUCAAAACAGUAACAUGUAUUACAACGACGAUAUUGUCAGUGAAAGGGACAUAAUUGUUGUGAUACGUUUUACCAUUUUGAAACACUAAUAUUUGUGUUCAGCGAAGUCUCCCGAGUAUAACAGUACCCCUCAUGUACAGGUUUUAUGGUGUUUUCAAAAGGUAGAGAGUCAAAUAUAAGGCUUGUGUUUCAGUUUUUUCACAUUGAAAUUCACCAGCUUGGAAAUGGUAUUGCAAAUGGGGUAUGUCCAGUCUUUUUUAGUAGCCACGGAGUCACAAACACUGGCCAAAACUGACGUUCAAAUUAGUUUUUUGUAUUUUAAGUGGCUACUAAAAGUUUAGCCCAUUUGCAAUACCUUGGGUUGUCUACUUUUGCAAAUGGUAUGCCAUCAUAGGGGCAAUUCGCAUUCCUGGGCUACCAUACGGUCUCAAAUGCAACGUAACCAAUCUGGCGUAUUUCAAUGUGAAAAAACUGAAAAAGGUAACAUGCUAUAUUUGACUCUGUAACUUCCCAAAACACCAUAAAACCUGUACAUAGGGGUAUUGUUUUACACGUGAAACAUCGCUGAAUACAAAUAUGUGUAUUUGAUUGCAGUAAAGUCAAACAGUAUUAUGACAUUCACAGUUAGAAUGUCACGUAAAACUAAACAUUUUUUAAAAAUUCUUUCUCCCAUUUUUUAAUAUGUUAUUCAUAUUAAAUGAUGUUUUAUACCUAAAUAUUUGAUGUUAAAUGAAAGCCCUGUUUUCCCUGAAUAAAAUUAUAUAUAAUAAGUGUGGGUGCACUUAAAAUGAAAGAGGCAAAUUACACCUGAACAGACAUAUAGCGCAAAUUAAAGUUUUUGUUUAUGUUUUGUUUUGAUCACAACAUGUACAUUUGGUUCAGUCCUUAAGGGGUUAAAACAAAAUGAACGUUUUGUUUAGGGCAAUUUUAUUUGUUGUAAAGCAGAUUAAUUUGUUAAACGAUGAAUGGAAAGAAUGCAAUUGUCUAGUUUCUAUUAUUUUUCGUAAUCAAUUAUAAACAACUGCAUUGUAAAAAAACAUUUUAUAGUUUAGUAUAGUACAUAAAACAACGUGCUCUGGCUUUAUUUCACAAGAUUUGUACAUGAUUAGUCUUUAAAAAAUACAUUUUCAUAAACAUUUUACUAUAUGGCUAAACAUAUAGGCUAUAAACGUAUAGUAAGCAUAGCAGUACUGCAUACUAAGUUGGUAAAAUAUUUACAAUGUAAUAAUACAAGUCUAAAAUAUAGUUAGAAUUGGCAGGCAAGAUAUGCACAAAUACAUAAUAUUCAGCUAAAUAAGUGCUAAUUUUAUAGCAUAAGCAAACAUAAUUAAAAACAAAUAAUUUGUACUUAUAGGGACGAUUACAAUGAACGCACCUAAGCCCUUAGUCAAUGAAAGUGACCUACAGCUUAAUGUGGGAGUAUUUGUCAGGACGUCUUCAGGUGGUUCCUUCAUUGUAUCUAAUGUUCCACUUGGGCCUCAAGUUGACACCAUUAAACCAUGCAAAAUAACAGACUUGGCAGCAAAGACUUCAGGAUACACGAUUGUUAUUUCUUGGACGGCAACUGGUGAUGAUCUGGACCAAGGAACUGGUAAGAGGUCUUCAUUUUGGCUUUUAACUGUGGACAAACAUCAACACUUGAUCUAUUACUAUUCAGGGUGUAGAAUGCAUCAGUUAAUAGUAUCAAUUUCAUUUUUAAGGUGAGCAAACAUGCAACAAAAAAUAACUAUCAACCUUUGUAUUUUGCAGCUAAUAGCUGCCUUCACUUUUACAUAAUUACAUAGUAAUCUAGGUUGAAAAAAAAAGCUAGAGACCAUCAAGUUUAACCUUGAAACCAACUAUAUUAUGUUGCUGAUCUAAAAGAAGAAAAAACAACUGUAGACAUUUAAAAUUAUGCCACAAACUCCAUAACUCCAUGAUGACAAUCAAAUUUCUUCUUGGCUCAACAGCCUGUUCACAUAUGUAUUCAUUAUUACCUUCAAUAAUCCCGUGUCGCAAAAAAACACCCAGGCCUUUUAAACAAAAUAUCUAUAGAUUCCGCUGUAAGCAAAAGUGCCUUCAUAUUAGACAAAAGAUAUAUAUAUAUAUUUUUUUUUGGAGGGGGCAUUAAAAUAGUACAUUUAAGUGAACAAAACGGUUGUAUCCAAUAAGAACUAAAUGUAUUGUGUAAUUGUCAGACAAGAAAAAUGUCUCUGGGCAAAGCUUGAAAAUAUGAAGAUGAUCCUAUAAUUUCAUGUCUGACUGACAUUUCUGUUCAUGAAAAGACGAAUGACUGCAUCUGUAGUUAUUAGCCAUUGAUUUUUUAUUUUCACCCUCUAGCACUUUUUCUGUGAGUAGUAAGCAUAAGUUCCAUAAUCGAUCUACCAUUUGAAUAACCAUAAACACCUUCAUCAACCUAUUAAUACUAAACUUCAAUAGGUCUCCAAUAUGUCUAAAAAGAAUGAAUUAAAAAAAUGAAAAUUAUAAUUUGUAUGGUGCUUCUUUACAAGCUGCUUUGGCAUCAAUUUUUUAAUUGUAUAGAUGCUUUGUUUUGGCCAGGCAGCUGUACUUGGAGUAUAUGGGCAUUAUGCCUACAUACUGACAUUUUUCAUACUACUGAUGUGAACUUUAACCUGUGAGAAAAAUGGAUCAGAUCAGAAGGAGCUUAUAUGGCGUGGAAAAGAUAUGCGGCCAAAAUGAGCAUUAAAGGUGGAAAUACCUUUAUUAUCUUCACUUAAUAUCACGGCAGGGUGGGGGCACACAAUAACAAUGGGGCUUAGAGUAAAAUAGGUUACUAAGCACUUGCUACUAAAGCACUUACUGUGCAAAUCUGACUAUGAAACAUUGUUUUUGCAUCAAUUUUUUGAGUGCAGUAUCAGCUUUAUAAAUGUUUUGUGCCUCAAGGUCACUCACAUGUAAAAGCCAACACUACAUUUACACAUACCCCUGCAAUCGAAUGCAAACAUUACAUACAUUACAUACAAACACGUCCCUGUAUUAAAAUGAUAUACAAACACCCCUUCAUUCAAACACCAACACUAAACACAAAUGCACACCUGCAUGUAAAAGCCCACACUUCAUGCAAACUCACCCCUGCACUCAUAUGUAAAUAGUACAUACAUGUACACCAUACAUUUCAAUGGCAACAGUAAUACAAAUACACACCUGCAUGCACACACACACACACAUAAUUACAUUCACAUGCACUGCUCACAAAUACAACCCUGCAAGGAUUGGAAAGUGGUAAAUUUCCACCAGCUCGCAUAGCACUCUGGGAGUUCAACAAAUGGAAAUCUACCUUUUGGCCACCAUUGUGCUACUGGGGGAGCAAAAAUGUUCUUGCACCAGGGCCUUUUCUACAUUAGUUCUGCCACUGCCAAGAAUCAUGAUAUUUUACAGUUUUACUUAUGUGUAGUGAUGUCCCAAACGGUGUCCCACCUCCUGAAAAAGCGUCCAUUUUACAUUCAUUGUGAAGCUGCAUUCUUAGUGAGCUGUCCAGGAGGUGGGAGGGUCUGCUGCUGAUUGGCUGGAAUGUGUCUGCUGACUGUGAGGUACAGGGUCAAAGUUUACCACAUAUGUUCACCGUCCGCUGCGAACCGUUCAGCGAAGCGUUCGGGACAUCACUACUUAUGUGCAUUAUGUGCAAAAUUGUACUUCUUUUUUAUAUUUAGGUCUUCUCUAAAAUAUUGCAAGAAAAGGGGAAAUCAUAUAUCAGCAUGCCAAUUGCAUGCUCCUUCAAAGCAUGUGACAUAAAACUGCACAUUUUAGAGUGGCCUUUUAUUGUGGCCAGCCUGUGCAAUAAUUUUGCUGUCUAAUCAGCAUCUUGAUAUGCCACACCUGUGAGGUGGAUAGAUUAUCUCAGCAAUGGAGAAGUACUCACUAACAGAUUUAGACAGAUUUGUCAACAAUAUUUGAGAGAAAUAGGGCUUUUGUGUACAUAGAAAAAGUCUUAUAUCUUUGAGUUCAACUCAUGAAAAAUGGGGACAAAAACAAAAGUGUUGCAUUUAUAAUUUUGUUCAGUGUAAUUGUGCAGUUGUUUUGUGCUACAUCUAUGUGCAAGCCUAUUCUUUAAAUAUUUAAGACAAAAGUUACACUGUUUUGUUAAUAAUCAAACUAAUAUGUAAAAAAUAUGAUUUUUUUUUUAGCAAACAAAUAUGAUUUAAGAACAUGCGUCAACCCAAAUGACCUGAGAAACAACUUUGAGUCCUGCUACUUGGUCAACAUGGCUGGUGUAAAACCACAGCUAGCUGGAUCCCAUGAAACAUUUACAUUUGUACCUGGAAAUAUGGUUGUUGCAAAUGGAAGUAUACUUCAUUUUGCAUUGAUUGCAAUUGAUAAAGUAUCCCAGAAAUCAAGCAUCUCUAAUAUAGCACAGGCUGCAAUUUUUAUUUCUCGAGUGCAGCCAACUACUACACCAAAACCUACAACUAGCACUGUCAAAACUUCCAAAUACACUACUACAUCAAUAAUAUUACCACCUUCCGAUGGUUGUCCAUCUGGGCUGAGUGUAACUGCUUGGACAGUGAUAGUGUGUGCAAUAAUUAUUGUAACUUGUCUCAUUGUGUGUAUUAUCAUUUGCAUCACAAGCUGUCUGAUGAGAAAAGGGAAGAAAAUAUAAUAUAUAAAUAUUAUAAAACAAACAGAGAAGAAAAUAAUUGAUUUAAUAUAAAAAAAAGAAAAGAAAUGUGUCUAUUUUUAAUAUAUAUUACAUAAAACUCAGUAACCCAUAAGAAAAAUGACAAUUAAUAACAUGUACAUAUGUUUGCGAUUCAUACAAAUAAUCUAAAAGAUUUUACAGUUGUACUUUUACUGAUUAAUAGGGUAAUACUUGUAUUAUCCCACUCACCGACGAUUUAAAUCAAUUAAACAAAUAAAUGUUCAAAAUAAAUUACAGUUGAAUGUGAACAAUUAAAGCAGUAAAUUAGAAGUCAUUCUCUGUAACAUUGUUUUUGUUUCCCUUUUUUUAGCAGCACUUUAGAUAAACCAAACUUAAUGAAAAAAAGGAAAAUCAAAUCUGUAUAGCCCUAUUACAUGACACCACAGUACAGAUCAUAGACAGGAACAAAAAGUAAAAAAAAAACUGCUUCAUAAAAACACAGACAAACAAACUCUUUUUAUUUUGGGUUUAAUUUAUAUAAAACUCAGAUAUUCAGUCAUUUUUAAAUCGAGUGGAAGAAGAAGGUACAUGCUAUGGAAGGUUCACUCUCCUGGUGCCACAGAAAUUACCAAAUUCCUCUUUGUUAACACAUACAAAGGACAAGGCACGGGAGGUGCAGAUGGUCAAUUUUUUAUCACAUAAGCAUGUUUCUGCUCUCACACAAACCUUUAUCAAAGCUUAAAGGAACACUAUAGUAUACACAAAUAUACAAUAAUAUACAAAACUGUAUUCCUAACACUACAGUGUGCCUCUGCCACUAUGAUCUCCAUCCCCUCCCCUUCCUCCCCCCAGCCUCUCUGCCAUGAAAAGGUUAAAUAACCCUUUAAACACUUACUUGAUUCCAGCGCCAAGGUCCCUGGGUGCUGGGCCAGGCUCCUCCAAUGUCAGCCGAUGAUGGGAACCUAAUGUGCAUGCUAGGAGAGCGCACCAAGUGCAUUUAGCAUUCCACACAGGAAAGCACUGACUCAAUAUCAUGGAUGUCCAAUCACAGGUGUCUAACUUCAGCAGCUCAACUAUGCGACUUACGUCCCUCGAAGAUUAUUAACGACGCAAUAAUUUUAAGAUUUGCGGAAUCCCCCCCCCCCCCACCGCAGUCGGCACCGAAGAGCUACCUCAUUAUAUCAGGCAGAUGCUAGCCUCAAUUCUACCACCCAUGGUGGCCAAGAAAAUAAUUUUGGAGGGGAUAUUUCAGAUCACAAAUGCCGCCACACCAUCUACCUCUGUGACACAUGAUGUUACAUUGCGAUGCACUACAACCGCAGACAAGAACCACAUCUUGGCAGCCUUAAAGGGACACUGUAGUCACUAUAAGCAUUUCAUCUCUUUGAAUUGGUUAUAGUGCCUGGAGUACCCUGACAAUGUCCCUCCAUUCAGUGUUGCACCAUGUUCGUGCAGUAUGCCACAAAAUAAGAGUCCAUGGCCACCCACAGUCCGGCCCCUUCAGUAUGUGUAGCUAAGGCAGAGAUUACACACUUCCUUGUUGUAAUACCCACUCAUACCGUCGGUUGGAACUCUGACAGGUUAAAAGCAGUCAGCAGACACUCUCAGCCAAUCACAGCUGCCCAUUUAUGCUCAGGCUAAUACUUCCUUAUUAGCCAAAGCAGCACAGAGGGGAUGGAUUGCCGGGGACUCUUGUUUAGCAUUAAAACAUUAAAACUUUAAAAACUGUUUAAUGCUGGUAGAAAUGAUGGGACCAGAAGACUCCAAACACUAUAACCAGUUUAAUGAGAUGAAGCAGAUGCCUACAGUGUCCCUUUAAGAGGCAAAACACCUCUGAAUUUUGAGUUCUCCCUCCUAUAUUGUUUUCUAAGGAUCUCUCCAGAGCCACGUUGGAGUGGCGAAAAAACCAUGGGACCUGUCACUACCCGCCUCCACUAAGCAGGAGUGCCAUACCAGUGGGGACCACCUGGAUCUCUGAUGGUGACAAGUGAUGGAGUCACCUACACACUCCAGUCACUUCUGGAAUCUCAAGCGUUCUAUGAAGCAUUGGGACUAUCGAAGCCUGACACUACCCCAGAAUCACAGGCUCCAACUGUGGCUUUGCAUCCAGCCAAUAACGUGCCUUUUAUCUCGAGAGAUGGAGGUUCCACCUUGUCAGGAACUUGACUACCCGGGAAUUGCCUACAGCUUCUGUAGGUCCAACGGACAAGAUGUCCCAGAACCUGUAUCUUGCUUCACAGACAACAAAAUGUUAUUUAUUAUUGUUUUGUUUUCAGUUUCUCAGGUUAACAGUUUCUUUUUCUUUAAGCAUUUCAUAUAGAGGAAGCAAGCAAACAUGCACCUAGCUAAAUGUAAAAUCUAAUGUGAUACCUUAUCUUCAAGUCGCAGACCCAUAAUUUUUCUGAUGAUGACACAACCCCCCCAGAACUCAAAGGUCAGGGGUAAAUAUAUUUUUGCAGCACAGCCGGCUAUGUACAGCCUCCUUUAACAUCUUAUGUUCCAACUAUCCAUUCUUCUGAAGCACAUAUUAACCUGUAUUACACCACCAUAGCUAGAUGUGCACACGUCUUACCAUUUAAUUCAUGCCUGUCAGAUUUUCAACUAAAACGUGAUAACCACAUGCUUCCCCUUGAGUUCACUAGUCGGGAUAUUCUCAACCCUAGGCCCAAGGAGUGUUACCUGCACACAAUUUUGUGCUCUCCUGUCACCCCCAUCUUUGAGCUGCCAAGGGUGCUGUACUUGUAGAAUUAAUAAUAAAAUUAGUGCAGGAUUAUAUGGAUGUAUUGUUACUAUUGAAUGUUCUUUUUUUUCUCUCCAUAUAUAAUAAUGCUGAAUGC